AUGGAGGCCGUGGUCCCCGAUGACCACUCCACUGGACUUAACUAUGUGGGAGAACUUUCCACCAAGCCUGGCAGCCUGCAGCCGAGAUGUAAGUCUAUUCCCUCCUUACCCUUGGGGAUUCUGCAGAAACGGAACUCCUCUUCAGACUGCAUCACUAUGCAAGAUGAGCGAAGAGCGGCGCGGAGUCCAGGCCCGAGCGGCCCUGCUCCCAGUUCCCCCGAUCCCCGGUUGCUCUUCUCCCCGGCUGCCCGGCUCCCCGGCUCUCCGGUUGCCCCGAUCCCCGGCUGCCCGGCUCCCGGCUACCUCGCUCCCCGGGCCGCGCUCCGCCACGCCCUCGGCGCUGACCCCGCCGGCCCCACAAAAGCAGUGACUGGCUUCGGAGCCCCCGGCAGGACCAUCGCCCGCAGGCCGGCCGCGGCCCAUCCAGGGUGUGGUAGGGGGCGGAGCCGGGGCCCAAGAGAGCUCGGCGGAUCCGAACGGCGCCCACGGCUCGGGCCCGCCGGGCUCGCUCUCCGCUCGCGCAGUCGCUCUCAGACCCGGAGCUGUCCGCCCGGUGGUUCUGAACUCCGUGCGGCCGGCAGUGCAGUGUGGGGAUCCCCCGCAGCCACGAGCCCCACCCCCUCCCGCGCCUUCCCGCGCCAGUCAGUGUCUGCGAUGGGAGCCAUUCCCGAGCGCGCCCGGAGCGAGGCCGUCCUGCUCGCGACGCAGCCCCUAUCGCCGCGGCCACGCGGGUCCGCACAGCCGGUUCCCGGGUCCCGGCCCGCGGAGCAGCCCGGGGUCCGCGCGGCGCUGCAGCCGGACCCGUCAGAAGGAGCCCGGCCAGCGAAGCUGAAAGACAGAGAGUCCGACUCGGGCUCGAGCCAGUCCUCAGUGAACACCGAGGACAAGGGCUUUCCCCUCACCAUCAUCCUCAUCUUCAACCUCAUCACCAUCACCAUCAUCACCAUCCUUACCAUCACCAUCGCCUCCAGCAUCCUUGGCUCAUUUUUAUCAGCAUCACCUCAUUGUCCUCCUGACCACCGGCCUCGUUCACCGCCAUCACCUCCUAUCACCGCAGCCCUUGCCCAACCUCACCAGCAUUGCUCUGUCACCCAUGCCAGGCCUCCUGGGAAGUUGGCUGCAGUGAGCCCCCGCCCUGCCGUGAAGGCCUCCAGCAGACAGCCCAGCCCAGAGCAGGAAGAAGCUCGGCCGUGGAAGAUCACCACCACCACCACCAUCAUCAUCAUCACCACCGCCACCAUCACCAACCACAGGUUCCCAUCCCCGGGAGCAUCCCGCGUCUUGGGUGUCACCAUGGCCAUGCCUGGCCUCUUCCCUGCUCCACCCCCAGCAGGCCUUCUCUGGGCCAGCAUGCUGGCACCUUCCCAGCAGGGUCCUGUCUGCAGGCACCAUGGGGAACAGAUGGCUCCUGUCAGAGGAGAAAAGGGAGGCAGCGUGGGCCUUUGCUCGGCCUGCGUCUCACCUCGGUGCCUUAUAAUGGCGGCUUUAAUUACCCAGGCACAGCAGGCUGCAGGAGCGUGUGAGAAUGAGCGCCAGGGCCGGGCCGCCAACUUGUGCGAGGCUGAGUCGGAAGCUCGGCUCUCAUCUGAGCAGAGACCUGGUGGAAGCACGGAGGAAACCUGGUAUUUGGAAAAGAGCAACGCAAAGCAAAGAGCCGAGCUGAGGCAGGAGCGGGGCAGGGUGAACCGCUUUGCCGAAGGGCGGCUUCGCACACGACUUGGCCUGCAGCUUGGACAACUUCUAUGGCGGAGCGCCGGCCCUCUGGAGGAUUUCGACGUUGAUCACUUUGUGUCAGACUGUAGGAAACGGGUGCAGUUGGAAGAGCUGAGAGAUGACCUGGAACUAUACUACAAGCUGCUUAAAACAGCCAUGGUGGAGCUGAUCAACAAGGACUAUGCAGACUUUGUUAACCUCUCCACAAACUUGGUUGGCAUGGACAAGGCCCUUAACCAGCUUUCUGUGCCUCUGGGACAAUUACGAGAAGAGGUUCUGAGUCUUAGAUCAUCUGUCAGUGAAGGAAUUCGGGCCGUAGAUGAACGAAUGUCUAAACAAGAAGACAUUCGGAAAAAAAAGAUGUGUGUGUUGAGGCUUAUACAAGUUAUUCGAUCAGUUGAGAAAAUUGAAAAAAUAUUAAAUUCUCAAGGUUCUAAAGAAACAACUACACUAGAAGCAAGCAGCCCACUCUUGACAGGUCAGAUUUUGGAGAGGAUUGCCACAGAGUUUAACCAGCUGCAGUUUCAUGCUGUACAGAGCAAGGGCAUGCCACUUUUGGACAAAGUAAGACCGCGCAUAGCUGGCAUCACAGCUGUGCUGCAGCAGUCCCUGGAGGGCCUCCUACUGGAAGGCCUGCAGACCUCCAGCGUGGACAUCAUACGGCACUGCCUGCGGACCUACGCCACCAUCGAUAAGACACGCGAUGCAGAGGCCUUGGUUGGUCAGGUCCUGGUGAAGCCAUAUGUUGAUGAGGUGAUCAGUGAACACUUUGCUGAGUCCCAGCCCGGGGGCCUUCAGCUCAUGUAUGAUAAACUCCUGGAAUUUGUCCCUCACCACUGCCGCCUUCUCCGGGAGGUCACAGGAGGAGCCGUCUCCAGUGAGAAAGGCACCGUUGUUCCUGGAUAUGACUUCUUGGUGAAUUCUGUCUGGCCAGAAGUGGUUCGAGGACUGGAGGAAAAGCUGCCUUCCCUCUUCAAUCCUGGGGAUCCCGAUGUAUUUCAUGAGAAAUACACCAUCAGCAUGGGUUUUGUCAGAGGAUUUGAGCAACAGUGCGGAUCCCAAGCCAGUGUGAAGAGACUCCGGGCACACCCUGCCUAUCACAGCUUCAGUAACAAGUGGAACCUGCCCGUGUAUUUUCAGAUACGGUUCAGAGAAGUGGCAGGAUCCUUAGAGGCAGCAUUCAUGGACGGGCUGGCAGAUGCUCCAGCUGGGAGUCCAUACUGCCUUUUGGCCUCUCACAGAACAUGGAGCAGCCUCAGGAAGUGCUGGUCAGACAAGAUGUUUCUGCCCUUGCUGGCACACCGCCUGUGGAGGCUCACCCUGCAGAUUUUGGCACGGUUCUCUGUGUUCAUCGAGGAGCUUUCUCUCAGGCCCAUCUCUAAUGAAAUUGGCAAGGAGGUCAAAAAGCCUCCAGGAAUCAGCAGCAAAGAUCCUUCCAAUGCCCAAGGAGCUGGGGAGGAGCAAGGAAAUGUUCUGUCAGAUACGAAGCCACCAGGGUCCAUCUCUAGCACCCAGCUCGUAUAUGUGGUUGCAGACCUACACAGGCUUCAGGGGCAGCUGCCAGAACUCUUGGAAAUAAUCAAGCCAAAACUUGAAAUGAUUGGAUUUGAUAAUUUUUCUUCUAUCUCAGCGGCCCUGGAGGACUCACAGAGCGCCUUGUCAGCCUGCGUGCCAGCCGUGAGCAGCAAGAUAGUGCAGGACUUGAGCGAGUCUUGCUUCAGCUGCCUGAAAAGUGCGCAGGAGGUUCCCAGGCUUUACCGAAGGACCAAUAAGGAGGUCCCAACUGCAGCCUCCUCUUAUGUGGACAGCGCACUGAGGCCUCUUCACCAGCUUCAGAGCACACACAAGGACAGGCUCCACCCCACAGUGAUGCAGCAGUGGUUACAGCAGGCUCUCUGCGAAAGCACUCACAAGUAUUUUGAGACCGUGUCAGAUGUACUCAACUCCGUAAAGAAGAUGGAGGAGAGCCUGAAGAGGCUGAAGCAAGCUCGGAGAUCUGCUGCCACCAGCCCUGCAGGCCCCAGUGGUGGUAUGAGUGAUGACGACAAGAUCCGGCUGCAGCUGGCUCUGGACGUGGAGGGACUGGGAGAGCAGAUACAAAAGCUGGGUCUGCAAACUGGUGACAUUGAGAGCUUCCCGGCCCUCGCGGAGCUCGUCCUGGCUGCCAAGGACCAGGCAGUUGGAGAGCAGCCUUAGUGCCUGGAGCGUCGGGAGAGCGUCCAUCCACCGCCGCAGCCCGAGGCCCUCCCAGCACCGGGGGGUCUUCUUUCACCUAGAAAGAGCCAGAAGCCUUUUUCCAUUGUAUGGAAGGUAGUUUUUAAGACAUUUAAAACUUUUUACUAUAGUUACAGACAAAUUACUUUAUUUUUAUUGUAAAUCUCAGUGUGGAAGAGCUGAUUUCUGCAGUAGGAUUAAAUAAAUGUGAUCCAAGUACAAGAAAGUGCUGGUGGUGGAGAGGUGCCCGUGGCAUGUGGGCACCCAGCCACGGUGUAAGGAGCAGUGUCACCCCUGUGUCCAAAAGGUCGCUGUGCCCCCUUCUCACGUCCUGUCUCAGUCAGUGCAGAGGAAUGGCACUUCAGACCCUGUGCGUCCCUGGGAGUCAGCCCAGCAGGCAGCUGCAUUUCCUAAGUAAAAGAGAUGUGUGCCUUCUGUGCGUUCA